AUGGCUACUUUUGAAGAGAAUGGUCGCCAUAGAGUCGUGGAGACAUUUCCCGAACAGCCGCCGCGGCGAGCAGUUUACAACCGACCAGUCGAAAGCUUCCUCAGCAACGUGUCGAACUUCAAGCUCGUCGAGACCACUCUCCGCGAGGGCGAACAGUUCGCUAAUGCAUUCUUCGAUACAGCCAAGAAACUGGAUGAGUUCGGAGUGGACUACAUUGAGCUCACAUCUCCCGUGGCUUCCUUACAGUCACGCAAGGACUGCGAGACGAUAUGCAGACUAGGCCUAAAGGCCAAGAUCUUAACCCACGUUCGAUGCCAUAUGGAUGAUGUACGAGUGGCCGUAGAAACCGGCGUUGAUGGAGUGAACAUAAUGAUGGGAACGUCAGCCCUGCUCCGACAGCACUCUCACGGAAAGGAUGUAGCGUACAUCAUCAAGUCGGCCAUCGAAGUCAUCGAGUUCGUCAAGUCGAAGGGUCUUGAAGUCCGGUUCUCUACCGAAGAUUCGUUCCGAUCCAACCUCGUUGACAUACUGUCUGUUUACAAGACAGUUGACAAGGUCGGAGUCAACCGGGUUGGCGUUGCCGAUACGAUAGGCUGUGCCAAUCCGCGCCAGGUGUACGAUUUGAUACGAACCCUUCGAGGAGUUGUUUCAUGCGACAUCGAAACCCAUUUUCACGAUGACACCGGCUGCGCGACCGCGAAUGCUUACUGUGCUCUUGAAGCCGGUGCCACACAUAUUGACGUCACGGUACUGGGGAUUGGUGAGCGCAACGGUAUCACACCGCUGGGUGGGUUUAUGGCGCGGAUGAUAGUGAACAACCGCGAAUACGUGACGGGGAAGUACAAGUUGCACAUGAUCAAGGAGAUCGAAGACAUGGUCGCCGAGGCCGUGCAGAUCAAUACCCCCUUCAACAACCCCAUCACCGGAUAUUGCGCCUUCACCCACAAGACUAGCGACCAUGCUAAGGGCAUCUUGAGUCACCCAAGCAUUUACGAAAUCAUCAAGCCUGAGGACUUUGGGCUGACAAGAUACGUUCACUUCGCCUCAAGAUUGACGGGCUCCAACGCCGUCAAGGCCCGCAUCAGUCAACUUGGCAUAGACAUGCCUGAGGACCAGAUGGAGCUAGUUACGAUGAAGGUCAAGGAACUAGCUGACGUGCGGCCGCUUGCUAUCAAUGAUGUUGAUUCCAUCAUUCGAAGUUUUCAUACGUCUCGUUCGGAAACAUGA